UCUUACUCUGAUUUUGCCCCUUUGAGAGAGUGUGACCAUUCAGCUCUCAGCUCAGCUCCAAAGGUGCAGCUCUGUAUCAGUGGGGUGACAGCAUUUGGACAUUCUCCUGCUGGACUUCCUCUGAGCCAGGGACACCUGCACUAGCCAACAUUUGUGGUCUACCUCCCCUUGUCUCAGAAGAAAAAAAGAGCCUUGAGGACACACAUACUACUGCCUAUCCAGGCUAAAGACAUGUCAACAAUUGGGAGCUUUGAGGGGUUCCAGCCAGUGUCUCUGAAGCAAGAGGGAGACGACCAACCCUCCGAGACUGACCACCUGUCCACGAACGAGGGGCACUCAGGCAAGGAACCAGGACCAAGGCAGCUUUCAAGACAGCCAAGUGUGACUAAAUCAACCCUUUACCCCAAUCCUUAUCACCAGCCCUAUGCUUCGAGAAAGUACUUUGCUACACGGCAAGGAGCCAUUGAGACUGCGGUGGAAGACUUGAGAGGCCACAUAAAACAGACUUCUGGAGAGACUGUUCAAGGCUUCUGGCUCCUGACAGAGAUUGACCACUGGAACAACGAGAAGGAGAAGGUCCUGUUGCUCACGGACAAGACCCUCUUGAUCUGCAAAUAUGACUUCAUCAUGCUUAGCUGCGUGCAGAUGCAGCAGAUCCCUCUGAGUGCCAUCUGUCGCCUCUGCCUGGGCAAGUUUGUCUUCCCAGGGAUGUCUCUGGACAAGAGACCAGGAGAAGGCCUUCGGAUUUGCUGGGGGAGUACUGAGGGGCAGUCUCUACUGUCACGCUGGAACCCAUGGUCCACUGAGGUUCCCUAUGCUACCUUCACUGAGCACCCAAUGAAAUACACCAAUGAGAAGUUCCUUGAGAUUUGCAAGUUGUCCGGGUUCACAUCAAAGCUUGUUCCAGCUAUCGAGAAUGCUCGCAAGGAUUCCACUGGGUCUGCAGGAAAGGAACUCAUGGUGUUAACCCAACCUAUCCUGAUUGAGACCUACACAGGGCUCAUGUCGUUCAUUGGAAACCGGAACAAACUUGGCUAUUCCCUUGCUCGGGGGAGUAUUGGCUUUUGAGCCUCUAUGUUACAAAGCACAUCAUCU